AUGGCGGGAAAGGCGGCGGGAGGGAAGGCUGGAGGAGGAAGAGGGCAGAACGUGGAGAAGAUGAAGAUAUCCGAGCUCAAGGACUACCUCAAGUCCUUCAAGAUCCCUCAGAACGGGGAGAAGGAGGACCUUGUGAUCAGAGUCAAGCUCCACCUCGCGUCGAGGGAGAUGAAGGUGGACGGGAAGGAUCCCUUCGAGAUGAAGCCAGCAGAGCUGCGCAAGGCGUGUGCUCAGCGCGGUCUCAAUCCCAUGGGAGAGCGAGACGAGCUCCUCAAGCUCCUCGUCGAGAACGAAGGAGGCUCGUCGGGGGGGGCAGGAGAGGAGCAAGACAGCGAGGGCGUAUCGCUUGCGAAGCGAGUGCUGGAGCUAGGAGAAGAUCAUUGCGGCAUCCUCUCGCUUCUCGGAGAAGACAUAACCUCUCAGUCAAGCCCAGCGGCGAUGAGGAAGCAAUACCUGCUCAUCUCCCAGAAGAUCCACCCCGACAAGCUGCCAUCGUUCGCUCAGGCUACCAAGGCUUUCCAGCUGCUUGUCUGCGCCUACGAUGCCCUGACCCAACCCGACAUGACCAAGGCAGAGGAGGAGGAGGAGGAGGAGGAGGAGGAGGAGGCGUGUACUGCUGUAGCACCUGCCUUCUCGACUUUGCCUGUCACUGCAUCUGAUGGGGAUUGUACUUGCAGCAAGCAGUUCGAAUACAACCCGGACCUCUACCAUGACAAGAUAGUCUGCGGGAACAAAGGGUGCUCCAAGAAAUUCGGAUUCAUGUUGUACAACGUGUCUGAGACUCGGAUGAAGCAGCUGAGGGAGGAGCUGAAAGCGGCUCAAGAGAAGAGGCUCAAGAAACAAGAAACUCUAGACCGUCGGCACGCAAGAGCCAAGGAGAAGGGAAUUUCUGUCUCGGUAGGAGAAGACGAGGAGCUGAAAGAGCAGAUCAAAAGCUUCGAGCAUGGCCUCCUGAAUGAAUGCCCCAAGUGCGGCUGGAAGCUGAAGAAACGAGAUGGGGAGGAGGAAGCGAAGGAGCAUCUCAAGGAAUGCAACGACGACAAGAAGAUCAUGGCGUACCAGAGGCGGAAGCGAGUCCAGAAGGAGACAGAGCUUGCCAAGGCGAGCAGGAGGGGGCAGCAGGAAGAGGUUGUAAACCUGCGGACUUGGGAGUUCCUGGGGGCAGAGAACGAGAACCUGUGGAUGCUUUCGUUGGAACAGCUCCGCAAGCAGUGUAAGAGCUACAAGAUCGACGACGAGGGCGAGAAAGACCAACUCAUUGCAAGGCUAGUCCGCCACCGCAACUCCUUGGACGCGUCCCGGCUGCUCACAGACGCGGGAGGGGAGGGGGAUGCGAAGAAGCAGAAGAGUCGCAUCCCUACCCACCAGACGCUGCCGAGUAACCUCGAGUCUCUCUCUGUCUCGCAGCUCCGAUCAGUCGCCGCGUCCCAUGGGAUCGAAGUGAAGGGAACCAGCAAGGCUGACAUCAUCCGCGCCAUCGAGAAGGAGAGGUUCCGAGACGAGCCCCAGCUCAGGCUGACUAUGACAGCUGAGAAUGAGGAGGACGAAGUCCUGCCCAGCAAGAGACGGAGGGCCGCAAAGAAAUCGACACUCGAUGACGACGACUCUGAUGACGGAGGGAAGCGGAGUCGAAGCAAGAAAUCUAAGAAGAAGAAGGCGCUAGACGACGAUGACGAUGACGAUGACGAGUUUGUUCCAGAUGACGAAUAA